ACAUUCUGAGUCAGUUUUGCCAUACAGUAUUGAUUAAAACAACGAUUUACACUGUGAAUUUGUGUUUCAGCUUUAUAAAGACUCUUAUUGUAGUAUUUACUUGUUUAUUUUUGAACAGUGAUGUCUCACCACGGACCACCUCACUAUCCUCAGGGAGGUCCCCCUCCCCCGUUCGGCAGCCAUCCUCCACCUCCAGCGUAUGGCUACGUCCCCGCGGCCGUGGCGAUGCCUGUGUACCCCCCACACCUGGCUGAUUACCCGCACCCCUCCCCUCAACCCCAACCAACCUACAUUACCAACCAUUACUACCCCAAUAACAAUCCCCCACCAGAACCUGUACAUGUUGUUGAGAAUGCUAUGCCACCACCACCGCAGUAUCAGCCAGUACAAGAUUACAUUGACUGGAUACCUUCCACACCGAACACAGCUGCCCCGCUGACUCACAAAGCAGUAGUAGCAGGGAAAGAGCCAGGGUGGGACAGCAGCCCACUGUGGGUCAUCAGAGCGCACCACGGCGGAGACCUUGUUCCUGGCAAGUUAGCCAUCAGGGACCGAAGAGCAUACAUCCCCAUAGCUGGACAAGAAAUACCUGUUCAUAACUUUGAGGUGCUAUGUGCUCCGGCGCACAUCAUCCGCUGGCUGCCAGCCAGUAACGGCCAGGUCCCGGUGGGGGCCAUCCCUGGUGGGAACACUCACAGUGGAGAGACCCUAUACAUAGGCAGGGUCCGAUACAACCGCUCCACUACUCCGGGGAAAGUCCAUCCUAGCCAUGGUUGCCUCUACAUAUCUUUCGGUGGAAUAGAAGUACCUCACAGGAGUUACGAGGUGCUUUGUAGAGUGGUCGGCUGAAAAUUUUUGCCUAUGAACAAUAUGCUCAAUUAUAAAUUGAAUAGCUUACUAAAAUAACGCAUCAACUACUUGCUACUUAUGUAUUACUGUUUAUUUAUGUAGGUAUGUUAAAAAUAUUGUACAGUGUUAAUAAAAUUAGUAUGGGUUAUAAUAAUUCAUAAUAUUUUUUUCAUUUAUAUUUUACUUGGAA